UUGAAGAUCAACCUGAGGGUUCUGUUGAUCUGAAGAAGGUCUUAAAUGAAGCUUUCUUAAAUACCGAGGCUAGAGGAUCAUCAACCGCGUGCAUUCUCACACUUAAAGGCGACUGCUUGCACGCUGUGAAUGUAGGAGACAGUGGCUUCGUGGUAAUCAGAGGCGGAAAAAUCAUAUAUCAGUCACCAGUGCAACAACAUAGAUUUAACAGUCCCUAUCAGUUGGGAAACACAACUGAUAGCCCAAGUUUAGCUGAGGAGUUUGAAGUUGUAGUAGAAGCUGGGGACAUCGUCGUUGCUGGGACUGAUGGAUUGUUUGAUAACUUGCAUCCAGCAGAGAUUGAGGAUGUAGUUAGCCUGUGUUUGAGAAAACGUAACAUGCCAGAGCUAUUAGCUUGGACCAUGGCAAAGGUUGCUCGGAAAAAAUCCCUGGACGAAUGGACUGAUAGUCCCUUUGCAAUGGCUGCUUACGAUGCAGGAGUUGAACACUUGGGAGGCAAAUAUGAUGAUAUUACAGUGAUCGUCACCUAUAUUCUUUCUCCAAAUUUGUUCUAG